AUGGAUUCCGACGACAGCGUGUGGGAGCCUGUCUCCGAAGGGUCAAGCGCAGAGUCAAGUACUGAAGAGGUUCAGGAUGGACUGUCGGACGAGGAGUCUCUGGAUGAGUUUGCUGAGGACAGAAGCAUCAAUUGGUGUGGCGAGGAUUUUCACGACAAAGUGGUCGGCUUAAUCCAGCGAGACAAAUGCGACGAUCGUUGCCUCCAGGGGAAGGCUGCUGAACUUGAGAAUUUCCUGCGCUCGACAUCAAACAUGACCGCCCAGGAGAAGAAGCAGAGCGUUCUGACUUCGUUGGCGAUGCUAAUGAAGACAGACACCGCAGUGCGGCGUCGGGGAACUGGGGAAAGACACGUUUUCACGUACUACCUGCCACUGAUAGGGCGUGUUUGCAGAGAGACAUGGUGUGCAGUCUACGAUGUUUCCACGGCAACUAUCACUCGCUACCGCUGUCAGAUUCAACGUGGCACCUUUUCCGUCAAGGUACACAAGGGUUUACUGAACAUGAACGCAACAAAGAUCGAAAUUCGCUGGUUGGUGAGCUGGUUUCGGUCGUUUGCCUCGAUCCUAGGCGAUGUUGUUCCCGUGAGAGUUCGCACACAGAAAACGAUCGAUGGAAACGUUCGCAAGCAGUACACGGACGAAAACUACACCCUGUUGCCUGCAUAUUUUACCUGGGAUCAGCUCUACACUGAGAUGAACGCCUACGUGCUCGAGAACGACCUGGACGUACGUGAACCCCGCCCUUCGACGUUUCGAAAGCUCCUGCAGCAGUAUUGUCCGACUAUUCGGAUCAGGUCUCCUCGUAGCAACGUUUGUGACUUGUGUGCUAUCCUGCACACACGCAUGCGGUCGUGUAUCACAGCGGAGCUUACUGAGGAGUUAGGCGUUCACACUGAAGCCGCGAAGGAGAUGAGGCUGGAGUACAAGAAGGACCUGGCAUCCGUGUCGGAGGAUCACGCAGUGAUCGUCAUGGAUUUCAGUCAAAACCUGACCUUUCCCAGCGUCGCCAGUACGCCGUCUCAGUGGUACUUCUUGUCUCUUGUGAACGUUCACGUCUUUGGAAUCUACUACGCUAACAAGGGAAUACAGUACAACUACGUCUACGAAGAAUCGGUUGCUGGGAAAGGAACGGACGAGGUCAACAGCAUGCUGUAUCACUUCAUCCAGCGGAUCGUGCUGGCGAACGGCCAUCGAAAACUCACUAUCUACGCUGACAAUUGCGGUGGCCAAAACAAGAAUAACUUCGUUAUUAAGAUGCUGCUGGCUUCAGCUCAAACUGGAGAACUUGAUGUCGUUGAGCUCAAGUUUUUCGUGAAGGGCCACACCAAGAACGCUGUUGACCGUGGCUUCGGCCUUAUGAGGAAGAAGAUUGCUAAGGAGGACGUGUGGACGGCUGAUCAGCUGCUCGAGGUUAUCAACGACUCCUCGUCUAGCUCGGCCCUUGUCCAUAUUCCCAAAGAGAACACGAUGAUGAAGUUCGCGAAGACGAACAUGUCGACCCCCAAGGCGCGCAAGUCAAUCAAGGUGGGGGGCAAUGUGGGCGUGCUCACUGGCCGCCGCAACCGCCAGGAGACUAUGCUGUCCAUCCGCAAGGCCAAGAAGGAGGACGCCUACGCCACGCGCCGCAACCUUAAGGCCAACCACCCGCCGGCCGCCGCACAGACCGCGAGUCGCAAGGAGCUGCUGCUCAACCUGGCCUCGCGCUCCCAGGCGCUGCUACUCGGCAUCCAGCGGCCGGACGCUUUGACCAGACAAAAGUCCAUGCGCGCCUUCGUGUACUUGCUGUCCAGUGGCGUACCCCCGCUAUUCGACGAGAACGACUCGCAGCACGAAGGCCUGUGGAGAACUAUCUUGGCCGCUCUACCCUCCUUUGUGGCCAUCCUGAACGAGGACCUUCCAGACGCCAAUGCUGUCCAGUUACACUCGGAUGCCGCGUUCGCGCUGCGCUUCAUCUCGUCCAUGGACAAGGCCGACGCCGUGAUCGCAUCCGGCGCCGUCCCCAAGCUCGUGCAGCUCUUCCAGUCCGGCAUCUCGGAGCUGCAGAUCCAGGCCGCCUGGUGUCUCGGUAAUAUCGCGUCUGCCUCGGCCGAGUGUUGCGAGGAGAUCGUCAAUGUCUGUCCCCCCAGCAUGGUGUUGCCCCACAUCCGCAUGGCCACGCCGUCCCUGCGACGUGCGGCCGUGUGGCUGCUGCGUAGUCUUGUGGAAUUCCCAGAAGUUAUGGAGAAGAGCGGCGUCAUGGCACCAGACACGAAGCGAGAGAUGAUGGAGGUGCUGGCCAGUAUCAUCCUCCAGCUCUCAAACGAAAAGGUGAGCAACUUCGUAUCGGCCAACGGCCAAGCAGGCGAGGCGAUCAAGUUCAAGAAGGCAGCGGCCAUCGCUCCGUGGCGGAUCUUUGAGAUCAACACGGGCAAGCCGGCGCCGAACGAUAUCGCCGUCGUGCGCUUCGUACGCGAAGUGGAUGAGACGACCGUGGAGGUCAUGGAUGUAGACGUGAACUUCGAGACUGGCGAGAACAUGGUGUUCAAGGCAAAGAAAGCAGACAUGCGUCCGCUGCAGGUUAUGGACGAUGCUAUUGGAGAGGAUGAUGAACUGGAAGAUGAAGAGAACGAUCUAUUGGAUGAACAAGUGCUUACGCUCUGCGAUAGCUGCUGGGCACUAGUGGAAAUGACGCUGCACAACAGCGACGUUGUCGGUGGCAUUGUCAGUGCCGGUCUGUGCCCGCGACUUGUGGAGCUGCUGUACAUUUCCCAGAGCAGUAUUAUCCUCGCGCCGGUUCUAAGACUAUUGGGCAACAUUGUGUCUGCCGAGAUCUCGUACUCCCAAGCCGUGAUCGAUGCGAAGCUCCUAGAAGUGAUCCCCAGUGUCAUGACCACAACCAGUCGUGCAGUGCGCGAGGAAGCGUGCUGGAUGCUGUCCAAUAUUGCUGGCGGCCAGGAGGAACAGGUAGUUGCUAUGAUGAAUGCUCCCGGUGUAAUUAAUGGACUGGUGGAGCAGAUGUCGUGGGCAGAGUACGGCGUGAAGCGUGAGGCCACUUGGGCCAUGUGCAACAUCAUCGUGCGAGCCAACGUCGAGUUCGUCAAGGAAGUCGUGCGUAUGGGCGUCUUGCAGUCGUUCUGUCCGCUGCUGGACGAGUGGGAAGACCCGAUGGUGGAGCUAGUUAUUCUAGAGGCGAUCGAGAGCUUGCUGCAGAAGGACCCGCAGGAAGGCCGCAUAGCUGUUGAGGAGAGCGGGUGUCUGGCCAAGAUAGAGGAGCUGUCUUAUGACCAGAACGACGACGUGAGCGGCAUGGCGUCGCAGCUGAUAGACACGUGGUUCGACAACGAAGGCGACGAAGUGGACGCGACGUUAGCGCCGGCCGUCGUGGGGUCCGAACAGACCGGCGAGGCACUCAACUUCCAGCCCGUGCAGAGCGACGUCCAGUUCAACUUUAACCAGAGUUGA